UGGCGACUCCAGUUCUCCUUGAAGCUGUUCCAUCGUGCACGAUGAUUGGCUAAAUCUGGAUAUGCUUAAAUCGUUUGAUUCCCUUCUAAGCCUAGCACUCGCCCGACAAUGCUGAAGUCGGUCCCGUUCGUGCCGCCCGCAUGGGCGUCUGCGCUGCGUCGCCCCCCAGCGCAGAAGCUCCGUCUCGGCCACUUCCCCACGCCAAUUCUCCCUUUUUCACCGCCGGGCUUGCCCGAUGGCGUGCGCAUGUUCAUCAAGCGCGACGACUUCAGCGGAAUGGAAACUUCGGGCAACAAGAUCCGCAAGCUCGAGUUCCUACUGGCAGAGGCGCUGGACCAAAAGGCCGACUGCUUCGUCACGUGCGGCGGCAUCCAGAGUAACCACUGCAGAGCCACCGCUGCCGUCGCCAGGAUACUGGGGCUGGAUUCGUAUCUUCUGCUUCGCACUAACAAACCCGACGAGGACCCGGGACUGGUUGGAAACGUUCUUUUCGACCGUAUGUUGGACGCCAACCUCAUCCAAAUGUCUCGUCAGGAGUACGGCAAAUACGGCAGUGAAGCUAUGAUCAAGCGCACCUGUGAGCGACUAAGGAAAGAAGGACGUCAUCCGUAUGCGAUUCCGGUCGGUGGGAGCAAUGGUCUCGGCACGUGGGGAUACAUUCAAGCCAUCGACGAAAUCAACAACCAACUUAAGGAGUUUGAUGCCACGAUCACGGAUAUCGCGUUUGCUUGCGGAAGUGGAGGCACUGCAGCUGGUAUUGGCCUUGGGUCGUAUCUGUACGCCAAGGCCCAUCCAAGUGCACCUCUCAACUUUGCUGCCAAGAUUCCUGUGCACGCGUAUAUUGUUUGCGACAACGACGAGUAUUUCCACGGCCACAUUGACGGCCAGAUCCUACCCGCCAUGGGAGCACCGUCCGACAUGUCGUCAAGGCAGUUCCUACAGAUCACCAACGCGCAGGGCACGGGGUACGCUCGCAGCACGAAGAAGGAGCUCGAGUUCAUCUACAGUGUGAGCCGCAAGACCGGUGUGCUGAUGGACCCCGUAUACUCCGGCAAGGCGCUCUUCCACCUCAUACGCGAGCUGAACGAGGCGCCAGAGAAAUUUGUGGGGACGAAUAUCCUAUUCGUGCACACAGGCGGUCAGUUCGGUAUGUAUGACAAGGUAGACGCGCUCCAGGAGGUCAUUCGCCAGGAUCAAGUGUCGCGCUUUGUGAUGGAGUAGCCACAUAAUUCUUCCUCGAUACACCAAUGAAUGUAAUGAAGUCCUCCAAAACCACAAUGAAUGUCAUCAUGACGUUGUCAUGUUUCCCAUA